AUGAAUAGGUCUUCGUUAAUUCAAUCUAAUUCUACAUUAAUAUCCGACUUACCACUUCAUUCAUUAAAUAGCAACACCAUGCGACAACAAAGACAACAGCGUCGUCAUAAUAUUCGUUUAUCAUCAUCGAUAAUUGAUUCUCAUUUAGUCAGUUUAUAUGGUCAGUUAGCAGCACUUGAACAACAAAAUUCAAAUCCUGCAUCACUUGAUUCAAAUCGUCGAAAUGCUUUAGUUGAAACCUAUCAUUACAAUCGUUUACAGUUAAAAGCUCGUUAUAAAAUUGAAGAAGAACGUAUUGACCGACGAUUUAAUUUAGAAACACGUUGUACACGAGCACAUUUUGCUGCAAAAAAAAGUGAACUAAAAGAACUUCUACUAGAUCGCCUUCGACGUAAACGCAAAUUAGUUGUUGAUGAAAUGCGUUCAGCAAUUGAUAUACAUUCCCGUUCAUUUGAUGUUGAUCCAUUACUGGUUACUAUGCAACCACCACAUCCAUUACAAGCUAAAGCAUACAACUUCCGACAACGACCUGAUAUGGGACAGCAAACAUCAUCAUCAUCAUCUAGUAUUAAUGAUGAUGAAUUUUCAACGUUAUUAACCAUGAAUACUGUUGGUACAAGUGGAAUAUUAUCACCGAUGCCACAUCAACAAGCAGCAAGAAAACGUCUCGUUGGAGCAUUCAGUGUAUUUCAAUUGCCAAAAUGGACUGUUAGAGAUGAUGAAUGUGAAGAUGAUUUAAGAUUAAUAUCCAAUUAUCGAAAAUAG